CAAUAUGGCGGGACAAACCCCACCGUACUACACCCCAACCACCAAACCCACCACCGCCGUCACGACCAAUCUCCUCCGUAAAGACAACGUUGUACUAGCAUGUCUUGUGAUCUUCCUAUGUUCUUUCUUCUACUUAUUCGGCACAUGGCAACCACAUGCCACCACCACCCCCUCUUCCACCCUCACCACCACCAUCAACUGCCCCUCCACCACCACCAACACCAACACCGCCACCGAAACCAACUCAAACAAACACCUAGACUUCACCACCCACCACUCCGCCACCGUCAACGACGUCGUCAUCAAAACCUACCCACCAUGUCCCAACAACUUCUCCGAAUACACACCAUGUCAAGAUCAAAAAAGAUCAUUGAAAUUCCCACGUGACCGGCUUAUAUACCGCGAACGGCAUUGUCCCGAGAAGCACGAGCUUUUGAAGUGUCGGGUUCCGGCCCCUUACGGGUAUAAGAACCCGUUUAAGUGGCCGGAUAGCCGGGAUCUUGUGUGGUACGCGAAUGUACCACACAAGGAUCUGACCGUGGAGAAAGCGGUUCAGAAUUGGAUCAGAUUUGAAGGUGACCGGUUUAGGUUCCCUGGUGGUGGGACCAUGUUUCCCAAUGGCGCCGAUGCGUAUAUCGACGAUAUUGGGAAACUCAUCAAUCUUAACGACGGAUCUAUUCGAACCGCUAUUGAUACGGGUUGUGGGGUAGCUAGUUGGGGAGCUUAUCUUUUGUCACGUAACAUCAUGGCGAUGUCGUUUGCGCCAAGGGAUACACACGAAGCGCAAGUCCAGUUCGCGUUAGAGCGAGGUGUUCCCGCUUUAAUUGGUGUCAUCGCCUCCAAGCGGCUUCCAUAUCCGUCUAGGGCUUUCGACAUGGCUCAUUGCUCUCGUUGUCUCAUCCAAUGGGGUCAAUAUGAUGGAGUAUACUUGAUCGAAGUGGAUCGCGUUCUUCGGCCUGGUGGAUACUGGAUCCUAUCCGGGCCUCCGAUUAACUGGGAAAACCAUUGGAGAGGAUGGGAGAGAACACAAGAGGAUUUGAAUGAGGAACAAACACAAAUUGAGAAAGUUGCCAAGAGUCUUUGUUGGAAAAAACUAGUCCAAAAGGGUGAUCUUGCUAUAUGGCAAAAGCCAAUCAACCAUUUAGAUUGUAAAACGGGUCCGAAAUUCACUCAAACUCCGACUUUUUGCCCCGUCCAAAAUCCUGAUUCGGCUUGGUAUACGGACAUAGAGACAUGUUUAACUCGAUUGCCCGAAGUAUCAAACGAAGAAGAAGUUGCGGGUGGUGCAAUAGCAAACUGGCCUAAGAGACUAGACAUGGUGCCUCCUAGGGUUAGUAGUGGAAGCAUUGAUGGUGUAACACCCGAAAUUUUCCAAAAAGACGUUAUUUUAUGGAAGAAGAGAAUUUCAUACUACAAAACUGUAAAUAGUCAACUUGGUCAACCGGGAAGAUACCGUAAUCUUCUUGACAUGAACGCGUUUUUAGGUGGUUUCGCGGCUUCACUUGUUGAAGAUCCUUUAUGGGUCAUGAACAUUGUCCCGGUUGAAGCCAAGGCCGACACGCUAGGUGCAAUUUACGAGCGUGGACUCAUUGGAACUUAUCAAAGCUGGUGCGAAGCAAUGUCGACUUAUCCUAGAACAUAUGACCUCAUCCAUGCGGAUUCAGUUUUUACCUUAUACAAAGACAGAUGUGAGAUGGAAGAUAUCAUGUUGGAAAUGGACAGAAUAUUAAGACCAGAAGGAAGUGUGAUAAUAAGAGAUGACGUGGAUUUAUUGGUGAAAAUUAAAAAAAUUGCAGAAGGGUUAAACUGGGAAAGUCAAAUAGUUGACCAUGAAGAUGGGCCAUUAGUGAGAGAGAAGCUUCUUUUUGCUGUUAAAUUGUAUUGGACUGCUCCAGCUGAUUCUGACCAAGGUUCCUAAAAGUCAAAAUAGCUCUUUUCGGUUUUUCAUUUUGUAUUUAAUAUAUUUUUUCUUUGCAAUAUUAAAUUAAUUAUUAUAAAUUCUGAUAACGUGCCGUUUGGUUUUUUUGUAUCUGAAUACCAUGAAUCACUGAAAGAGAUGUUGGUAUGAAUAUUAUUUUAAUAGCA